AUGAAUAUCCUCGCAAAAACAGCCCGGGCCGCCACUUCUACCUUACGAAGACCUUUAACCUCUGUUCGUUUUUAUGCACAAGAAGCCACAACCCCUGGUAAUACCUUAAUCUUGAACUUUACUCUUCCACACCAGACGCUUUAUAAAAAUGUCAAUGUUCAUCAAGUGAAUCUCGGUUCAACUUCGGGAGAUAUGGGUAUUUUAGCUAAUCAUGUUCCAUCAAUAGAACAAUUAAAACCCGGGGUAAUUGAAGUAAUAGAGGAUUCGAAUACGACUCAAAAGUAUUUUGUAAGCGGUGGUUUUGCUAUUAUCCAUCCUAAUUCUUCACUGGAUAUUAAUGCGAUAGAAGCAUUUUCGUUGGAUGACUUUUCAAUUGAGACUAUUAAGGCAAACUUUGCAGAAGCACAACGGAUUGCUACCUCAUCUGCCUCUGAAGAAGAAAAGACGGUUGCCUCGAUUGAAGCUGAAGUAUAUGAAACCCUUCAAAAAGCAUUGAUUAAAUCUGCAUAA